AUUCCGGUUUCAAAAUACUGCUCGAAAAAUAAAACUGCAACUCCGCGUUGCGGGUGGUCUGUUUCAGUUCUAUUUGAAAAAUGAAACAGCUAGAGCAAAGUAGAGCCGCGUUGCAACCAGUCUUACACCACCGACUAGUUUCAACCCUCGAACUGAAAAAAGUGUAAAAGGCGAACUGCAAAAAGUGUAAAAGUUACAUCUUUUCCAGUUCAGGGGUCCGAACUGCAAAAAGUGUAACUUUUGGACUUAGAAAAAUUUUGAAGAAUUUGCGGAAUGAUUUCACCCGCUGUCAAAUCGGGACUUAGUGAAAUUUGGAUGCUGGUAGCAAGAGGUGUUGCAGGUAAGUUCUGCUCGGAUUUGCGAUCAGCUGCCGGAAAAGGCAAGAUUCCGGUUCUCUCAAACUGGAUUACCGACAUUACCAGGCCAGCGAAUAAUGUUGUGGCCGAAUUCGGUUGAAUUCUUGGUUCUCUAGUCUGGGGGAAGCGAAAUUCUACCUUCUGGUAGGAAACUGCUAAAAUCUGACGGCUGCGGUUGGAAAAGGCAAGAUUCCGGUUCCUUCAGAUGGGGAAACCAAGAAUCACGGAGAGGUGAAUAUAUUUGUGGCUGGAUUGUAUUGAUUUUUUGGCUCUUCGGUCUGAGGGAGGUAAAUUUUGACCUUCCGGCCGGAAUUCAAGGAAUUUAUCGUCAGCGCCCGGUAAAAAAUAAGGUACCGGUUCCCCCAGACCGGAUAUCCAAGAUCACGGGCUGGUGUUUAAUUUUAUGGUCAUAUUCGAUUGUUUAUUUGGUUCUACGUUCUGGGGAAGCAAAUUUUUACCUUCCGGCCGCAAAUUCAUCGUCAGCGCCCGGAAAAAAACGAGAUUCCAGUUCCCCAGAUCGGAUAUCCAAAAAUCACGGGCGGGUAGUUAAUUUUAUGGUAUGAUUCGAUUGAUUUUAUGGUUCAUAGGUCUGAGGGAACCAAAUUUGCCUUAAUAUCGACCGGAAGUCAGAAAUUUGCUUUCCCCAGACCGAAGACCCAAGAAAUCAGUUGAAUCCGGCCACACAAUUAUCUACCUCUCCGUGAUUCUUGGUUUUCCAGUCUGGGGGAACCGGAAUCUUGCUUAAACCACGAAUCACGGGAGGUGAAUAAUUUUGUGGCCGGAUACAACUGAUUUCGUGGUUCUUCGGUCUGGGAGAAGAGAAAUUGUACCACUCGGGGGGAAGUGCAAUGUUACCUUCUGUCCGGAUUUUUGUCAAAUCUGACGGCCACGACUUUUGUUGAAAAAUUUAAAGUUUUCUACAGCUAAAAUUACUUUUCACGGAUUAGAUACGCACGCGAACCAACAGCGAACAGAACGUGUUCCCGGAUUUCGCCUACCGGAAGUUCCGUGCGCCCAGACCCGAAGAAGAAAACAUUUGAGAAUCGAGGACAAGCAACCUGGAAAGUCCGGAGAGGAGGAUCAAAACCAGCUCUCGGAAAGCCAGGUAUCGGCGGGAGAAAACAUACGCGAUGGCACCGACUAUCCCGGCUGACGCUUAUCCCGCUCGCGGCAUUAGAUCUGGCUCCGUAAGCCGCUGCUGAUCCGACAAUCGUGCCAGCUCGGUAAGUCCCCUUCGUGUUCUCCGACAAAGACGUCAGUGCCGAAGCCGCAGUCACAGCGGUUCGGCCCGUUCGUGCAGUGCAUCAGAGCAGUCUAGGUCCAGAUCUGUAUCGGUCGCAAACAGGGCAACCGGCGCGGCACUAGUCGUUUCUUGGUUUGUCCCUACGAUCACUUGAACAUUCCACAGUCCCCGGGGAAACCCAAGUCCGACUUCGGUGCGGCCUCGUCUUGAGGAGUGAUUCAACACGACAACGAGCAGGGUGAGUGCGAUGGCUCGAGGAUCGCAAACUUGUUUAAUAUUUAAGAGCACCGGAUACUGCAGGACAAUAUUGACCAAGAUUAAGACGGGAAAUUUAGGAACGCUACUGCAAGGCAGAGUUGAUCGCCGGUGGCUGUCGCACAUCAACUACCAUUAAGCUGUUUUGCUGCUCCAGGGCGACUCAACCAACGAUUGGCGCACCAAAAAGUUCUGGAUGUUCCGCGGUGGGUCGAUCUAUAAGCCCCCUCUUAUCAACUUUUACACCCAGGGAAUGCCCGAGAAGCUGCUGGUGGAUCUGGACGGCGUCGACUACAACAAGGGCAACCUUUCGGCGGCGUAAGUCGCUUCACUCUGGUCAAGCUACAAUAAUUCAUAUCCAUUUUAAAACAAAGCCAAUGUGACCGCUUAGGUCGGCGACUCGGUGAUCUUUUGCAUCGAGCAUGCCGACGCGGCCGAGGAGAUUUGCGAGUGGUUCGCCGAGUCGCUGUCGAACAACGAAAACCAUGUUCAAGCGGAAGAUCGCCCGCAUCUACCUGAUCUCGGACUCUGCACAGCUGCAGUGUCAAGGUAUCGAACGUGAGCUUCUUCCGGAAGGCCGUGGAGAAGAAUCUGCUGGGCAUCUUCAAGAAUCUCUUCGCCUACCACAUGCAGUUGGACAGCCGUCUCAAAGCCGAGGGCUUCAAGUCGCGCGUGAUGAACGUGUUCAAAGCGUGGGAGGAGUGAGCUACCCGAAGGACUUUUUGCUAAGGCUGCAGCACACCUUCCUGGGGAUUGCGAUUGUCGAAAAGCAACCGGAAGAAGUGCCCGCCCUGCUGAAGGGAAUUGCCGAUACAGAUUCCAGCACGCCAGUGCUCAUGCACGACAUCUACAACGACGGGAUGCCGCUAAACACCACGGAGGACAUUGACGGCGUUCCGAUGCAGAGCUCGGAGGAGUAGCUCAAAACUGGCGGUUCGUUCCAAGUGGGAAACGGUUGCCGCCCAAAUGUUCACUAACAGCAAGUGGGACACAUUGGAUCCGGUUUCUUCUGCUGUGCCACACAUUUCACUGCGCGUUGAUGACGAUCCCAACGACGGUGGAGGCAGCAAGGACGACCAAGCUCGCCGGCUGACAAUGCGCGAGAUUGAGGAGAAGAUCGUCCAGUAUCAGGAUUAGUUUGAGUACGCCAUUAGGCAGGUGCGCGACGACUGGAACUUCGGCGAAGAAAUCGCUCACUACCGGCGAUCCUCGCCGUCCGAGUACGUACCAUGAACAAUUCGUCCCGCCGGCCCAGUUCCCCCCUCUACUCCAGCAGAAGCCGCAGCAAGCGCGAAGCGUCCCUUUCAUUGCUUCAAACCAGCAGUAAGUCCACCCAUCGGUGAGGACUUUCAGAAUGGACAGAUUUCGGGCGAAGGUCGAGCAGAUUUACAAAAACCAAUUUCUGGUAAGUUCAUUCUCACUAGUAAAUAUUUGAUUUCACUGAUAAAAUGUUUCCCUCUUUCCAGAUGGCACCCGCCGGGUUGUUCUUUCCUGAAGGUCAACGCGUCUCGAAAAAAUCAUCGACUUUGUGCACCAGCAACGAGCGAUCGAUCCGGAUUGAAAGCCAUCCGUUCGCGGUCAAUAUAUUCCGGAAGCUGGUUGCAAGUAGGAACAAGACAGAGUUCCGAAGUGACGAUGAUUGCGCUGAAACUCCGUGACAUCCGCCAGGACCGGUAAAUCCGGAUGAUGGCAAUUGCCAAGAGACCACGGCUACUUAGGAUAAAUCAUCUCUUUAGUGCUGUAAAUAGACAGACCGACAUUCGCAACACCAAAGCUGGUUCCGGCUCUGUUGAGCGGAGUUACUCGAGUGACGUAGGUUACUCCAAGAAGCGAACAAGCCAGGAUCGGUGGGCGGAAUAUUUAACUUGGAACGGCCUCAAAGUGCUCCACUCAGUGAUUUUCUGAUGUUAGGUCAGAAACUUAAAUUAUAUAAAGCAUUGUAAAAUUAGUCUUUUUCAUAAAUUUAUUGUAUGGAAUUUAGAAAAAAAUAAAGACAUUGUUUAAUCUAAUAGUUAAAUUGAAAUUUAAUUUCUCUUAAUAAGAAAGAAAAUCCAAAAACGCCCAAAUGUAGGCAAUAUGCAAUUUUAACCGGCUCCGUGGCUUAAUGGUUACGGCUUCUGCCUCACAAGCACAAGGUUCAGGGAUCUAAUCCCGGUCGGUACCUUUGAAAUUUGGAAUCAAAAAUUUGAACUUUGAAUAUGAACAA